AGGGGCGCAGAAGCGUUUCUCAACACACAAGGGAAAGGUCAAAAACUGUUUUUUUUCGCCCCGAAUUUUCCAAGUUUGGGCCCCAAAAUCGAGUGAAAACUCGUCGAAAAGUGGCAAGCAUCGCCUCAGCCACGAUGACGUGCUUCAUUUGCCUCCGCACUGGCAAAAAGGUGUUCAACAUCAAUUUGCCUUGCGGUAAGGGCCAGAAUACCAUCAAAGCGGACAUCAUCGAGUUUGUUGGCGAUAAAUCCAUCGCAGCAUAUUUAACAGACGACCACAAUUGCUGUUCAGUAUGUAUGAACGUCCUGGACGACAUCGUCCGCUACAAGGACAAAUUAGUCGAUCAAAUAAUGAAAAGGAACCUGACCCAACCAGAUUUGGGCAGGAUUUGGAAUUUCGUAGCCAAAAGCGAGGCCAAGAGCGAAUUCAAAGAAAAAAGCGACCCGAUGUCGCACUUAAGAUCCGUCACUUCGCCUCUAUCCUCCAGAGCCUCGACUCCGUCGAUUUACUACGUUAAAAAAACCAAGUCUUAUGACAAUCUGUUGGAAAAGGAAGUCGAAAGGCGAGAAUCUUACAAGAGGGACAUGCAGCAUUAUGCCAGACAAUGCGCUGCAAAAAAAAUCGAUUUAGCCACCAGAGAAAAAUACUUAAUAAAAUCAAAAUCAAAGAAAAUGAAAAGAGAUAUUGUCAAUAACUUCUCAAGAAAUAUGUACGAUAGACCAGUCAGCUCAGCAAGCGAACUAAGCUGCGUCAGCUAUAUGGCAGAAGAAAAACGCCAACCGCCUCAGCCAGUAAAACGCAAAAUCAUUUACGACGGCGACGAAAUCGUUUUUCCAUUGAAAAGAACCAGAUCAGUGUCGAGGAGUCACCAGGAAAAUGUCCACGAAAGGGAGAAAAAGAAGGCUCUGCUCGAUGGACAACAGUUGGAAGACACGAUGGACACUUGCGAAGUUUGCAAGUGCAGCUGCUUCAGGAAUAUGGACAUUUAUACGGCUCACAUGGUACAAGUGCACGGAUUGAGCGGCCGGUUUGGAUGCAAAUAUUGUGACAAUCAAUAUUUGACAAAAGAACACCUCGCCUACCACAUAUCAAAAACCCAUCGGAAUUCGAUAGCGUGUCCGAUAUGCAAAACAAUAAAUCCGGACAGCAAUUCCGAAACAUUUGCCAGCCACAUGGAGCAACACAUAAAAGAACUCUACGCCUGUCGUUUUUGCAACAAGCCCUUCGACACCAAAGAGAACCUGAACGAGCACAUUUUCACCAAACACAAACGGAAAAGGUUGUUUUACACCAAAAACGAAGUCCGGAUUUUAUCGAAUUGCACCUAUAAACCUGAAGUUGUCGAAAAUAAAACCCCCAGAAAAUACAAGUGGAUUGAUUACGGAAAUGUUUUGGAAAAAGAUGAGGUUGGGUUUAAGCCCAGCACUUGGCAGGAUUGUGAUUAUGAAGAUCAGGACGAGGAAACUUUUGAAAGGUUAACUGGAACACCGGACUCAGAAGGCAGCAUGUACGAGUACAAAGGUAUUCCGCCAAAGAAUACCAUCAGCAGGAAAUGCGGAACAGCUUUACGUCCAGGUUCUUCUUUGAGCUUAAAAUCGACCAGCUCCAGCGGUUAUUAUACAAAUUUUUCAAAAGGAGGACGAAAUAUUUCAGGGGAAAGUGGCCGGUCUACGCCUUGGUCAGUUGUUGGAGGCGAGGAAGAUCAAGAAGUAAUGAGGGCGAUGAACAAUCAAACUCCUUUCGAUUUGGGCUCUGUAAGGGAUUUGGAAUCCAGAAAUACUGAAGUGGCUGAAAUUUUGGCUGGAGAAGAAGAUGAAUAUGAUCCGCAAUCUUACGAGGACAGCGCUGAGGAGGUGGAUAGGGAAAGUAACAGUGACGAUAUGGAUAUUAUGGAGAAUCAAUAUUUGGUUAACAAUAGUUUUGUUUCUUCGAUCAAUUAUACAGACGCGGAGCUUUGAAGGAAUGCGGAUUUUGUAAUUUAAUUAUGUAGGUUUUAAUUUUAUUUGAAAUUUUUAUUUUUUACAACCAAAGUUUAAAUACAAAUUGCAAAAACAAAAAACAAAAAAAAAAUGUAAAAUAAGUUAGAAGUAGGUUUUAUUAAUCUAUAUAGGACAGUUUUGUUGUAUGCACUGUUUUUUUUUUUUCGUUUCUUGACCAGUUUUCAGAUGUAGUUGGGCCAAGGCAAAUUAUUUUUCUUGUAUUAAAUUUACGUAGUUUAGGUAAGAUUAAAUUAAUUGUUGAGGAAAAAAAAUAAAAACCUUUUUUUAAAAAAAAAAAUCUAAAUUUCAUGGCUAUCCUUCGCCCAUAACCAGUUCAUUUUGAUGGAGAGUGUGUGCGCCUAUAGUUUGUAUUUGAAUAAUUCUCGUUCUUAGUUUUUCUCUAUUUGGCCGUGAUUUUGAAAUUAAAAAUGAAAUGAAUUUUUUUGGAAAAUUACUGGAGGGAAAGUUAUGAAACUUUUCAGUGGAAAAGAGGAAAGUUAGGAGCUCAUCAUACUAAAAUUUCAAACUUUUCCAUUAAAAAAUAACAGAAUGGGAAAUUAAUGAAAAUCAACUUGUAAAAUUUAAAUUGGGCAAAAAUGCAGCCUCUUACAUUCAAAUUUUUUUCUAGAAAACUACUGAAGGAAAAAUUGUGAAACUUUUAGGGGAAAAAGAAAAAAGUUAGGAGCUCAUCAUAUUGAAAUUUCAAAGUUUUUCAGUGAAAAAUAACAGAAUGGAAAGUUAAGGCAAAAAUGCAGCCUCUCACAUUCCAACUUUUUUCUGGAAAACUACUGAAGGGAAAAUCAUGAAACUUUUAGGAGAAAAAGAGGAAAAUUAGGAGCUCAUCAUACUAAUAUUUCAAACUUUUCCAGUGACUAUUUCACUAGAGUGUUUUACACUGGCAAAAUGUCAUAGGAACGGCCGGUUUCCUACUGAUAAAACUCCUACCUGUUCCUACCUGGACAAAACCAACAUGAUGGUUUUUCAGCGAUAAAAUUUUGUGUGGUUAAUGUAAAAAACUAUUGAGUUUGACAAGUGUCACCUAAAGAAAAUAAAUUCUCCAAAUGAAAAUUUGGCUUGUUUCUCUCGUGAAAUAGUCCAGCCGAAUACCACUCAAGAAAAAAUUAUGUAGGCAAAAUUAUUCUCUUGGUUUUAUUCAAGUUUGUUGCUUUUUGGUAAUUUCACUCAUGAAAUUUUUGACAAAACCACGAGCCGUCAGGCGAAAUGUCAUUCGCGAAAUUGCCAAGCAACAAACUUGC